AUGAAGUCCGUCCAGUUCUGCUUCCUUUUCUGUUGCUGGAGAGCAAUCUGCUGCAGAAGCUGCGAGCUGACCAACAUCACCAUCACGGUGGAGAAAGAGGAAUGUAGCUUCUGCAUAAGCAUCAACACCACGUGGUGUGCGGGCUACUGCUACACCCGGGACUUGGUGUACAGGGACCCAGCGAGGCCCAACAUCCAGAAAACAUGCACCUUCAAGGAGCUGGUCUACGAGACGGUGAGAGUGCCCGGCUGUGCUCACCGCGCAGACUCCCUGCACACGUACCCGGUGGCCACCGCGUGUCACUGCGGCAAGUGUGACAGCGGCAGCACCGACUGCACCGUGCGGGGCCUGGGGCCCAGCUACUGCUCCUUCAGCGACGUCAGAGAGUAA